AUGGCUUUCUUUUUUCGUUUGCUGGGCGCCGACCAGCUAGCGCUUAUCGUGUAUGGCCAGACAUUCAACAAUGAAACCACUGGUGAGCUUCAAACCGUACUUAGGAACCUUGAGCGAUACUGGUCCUACGACAGAUCACCACCAGUUUACCCUAACUCCACAGGAAAUGGGACAGACGAUUGGAAUAUUGCGUACGAGCAAGCCAGAACUCUUGUUGCUCAAAUGACAAACAACGAGAAAAACAACAUCACAUACAGCUUCCAGUCAACUAGCAAUGGCUGCUCAGGAAAUUUAGAGGCCGUCCCUCGGCUUGGAUUCCCUGGGCUCCAUGUUGGUGUAGCCUGGAAUCCUGAUCUAGCACGCAAACGCGGCCAGUAUAUGGGAGCAGAAUUUAAGCGAAAAAGCAUCCAUAUUGCGGUGGGACCUGUGAUGGGACCGUUGGCCCGUGUUGCCCGUGGAGGAGGGAACUGGGAAGGGUUCUCCAGUGACCAUUAUCUUUGUGGCAAGUUGGCGUAUGAGACCAUUAUUGGCAUGCAGGAAUUCAUUAUUGCCAGUGUCAACCAUCUGGUUAGUAAUGAACAAGAAACAGACCGCAACCCGUCCGUCUACUUAGUAAACAUAUCCGUAUCAUCCAAUAUUAACAAUAGAACGAUGCACAAUCUGUAUCUCUGGCCGUUCCAGGAUACAGUCAAAGCUGGCGUGGGUCCAGUUAUGUGCAGUUACAACCGCGUUAACAAUAGCCAUGCUUGCCAUAAUAGCAAGGUUUUAAAUGGUCUCCUCAACACUGAACUGGGAUUCCAAGGGUACGCCCUCACCGAUUGGUAUGCGCAGCACACCGGUGUAGCCAGCACAAAUGCAGGUCUCGACAUGUCCAUGCCUCUUGCAGACUCAAAUGGAUCCAUGGCCCAGUUAAGAUUGGAUGACAUGGCUACGCGUAUAGUGGCCACCUGGUAUAACUUCGCGAAAAUUGAUAGUCCUGGGGCUAACGUGCCCGGUCAUGUCCUUGUGAAGGUGAAGGCCGCCCUACCUUUGAAGAAGCCAAAGAUCCUCUCAUUGUCUGGUUAUGACGCGACUGCGGCUCUGAUCAACUCCCAAACACCGGCCUUUGCUUUCCAGCAAGGAUUAGGCGGAACUUUGGUAACGGGUGAUGGAUCAGGUAGCAACACCGCAGCGUAUAUUGAUGCUCUAUUUAACACAUUUCAAUGUCAAGCAAAGCUAGAUGGCGUAUACCUGUCCUGGGACUUAUUCUCCAGGAUCCGGGAUUCUCGGAAGGUUGGGACAGGCCACAUUGAAUAUCCCAAUAUAACUGCUGUGAUCUAUGCUCAUGUCCCAGGCCAAGACUCUGUCGUUUUGCCUUAUACUGGCGCGAAGGACCCUGGAGACUAUGCCACAUUACUCAAUCCAGUAUAUCUGGAUAACUCCAGUAUGUAUUAUGCCCAGUCGAAUCUUACCGAGGGGGGUUACAUCAAUUACCGUCACUAUAUUACAAACAAUCUCGUGCCGCGGUACAAGUUUGGGUACAGGUUGAUCUACUCGACGUUUGAUUACCGCGACCUCAGAGUUCAAGUUUUAGAUCUGGCAUGGAAGUCUUACUUGCCCCCAGGAUCAGAAUUCUACAAUACGACCGAGCCAAAACCUCCAGGGGGCUUGGAUUCCCUUUGGGACGAGGUAGCAACCGUCAGCUUCACCGUAACUAAUACUGGGGUAGUUGAUGCUGCGGAGGUUGCCCAGUUAGUUCUACGGGUGUUCCACAAGCAGACCAUUCGGCUGGGAAAAAGCUUAGAUUUACAUUUCCAUCUCACUCGCCGUGACCUAAGUCAAUGGGGCGUCGUGACACAACAAUGGGUGCUUCGCCAGGGCAUAUACAAAGCGAUGAUCGGCAAGACUGUCUUAGAUAUAUAUGGCUGGAAGGAAACCUGA